CCGUUAGCCCCCGUUACGACUGUCCCGUGCGCAAACGCCGUUAGCGGCCGUUGGUACCCGUCAGCCACCCACUUCCGCAUUGUGUCCGACGGUCGACUGAGGUGUCACGCGCGGGCUGGUGCGAUGAUGGCGGUCGGCUUUUGCGCUGCGGGUAGCCGACUACGGGUAGUUCCCCAGAUGAGCGCGAACGGACCCCGGCCGACGCGAGAGCAUCGCCGGCCGAACGGCCAGGAUUCCCUUUCCGAGCGCGUCGGGAUACCCCGUUCUCGAAUCUGUCGAAAAGUUACCGUUGGCAGUAGACCCUGGACGCGGGUGUCCGCCCCCCCAGGAGCGAAGGCGUCGAGUUGCACGCCUCCGCUGAGGAAGACGUGGCACGCGUCGCGUGCUUCCACGUGCCAGUUUCAAGGAAAACUCUGCUGCAAGCCAGCGCUAUCAAGAAUGGACAGCGAGAGAUCGCCGGCGAUGGCGUCCACAGGUCCGAUCUCCAACGCGGACUCGGCAAUAACCGUGGACAGCUCCCCAGCUCCGGGCACGAAAUCGGAUCCUGCGACUGAAGCAGUAAUUGGUGGUGUUGAGCUCAACUUCAGAGGGUUCCCAGCUGUACCAGUUCGUAUAGCAAAUCAUUCAGGAGAGACGCUAGUGGGCCAAUUGAUUGAAGCUGGGACCACUGACAUAAACAUUCUCUGCCAUGGAUUUCGGUCCUCAAUGGGGCGGGAAGUGAGUUCAAUCAUUGGGCACAGCAAAGGUGGGAAUGUCGUGAUCUUAUAUGCAGCAAAGUAUGAUGAUGUCCCCAAGGUCGUGAAUGUCAGUGGGCGGUUCCAAAUGGACAGAGGCUUAAUGGAAAGGUUCGGUGAGGAUGGCCUGCAAAAACUGAAGACGAUAGGGUAUUUGGAUGUCCAAAAUGAUGCUGAUGCAGGGAAUAUGCAGUACAGGGUGACGUUAGCAAGUCUCGAAGAACGACUUGCAACAGACAUGAAAGCAGCAGCAGAGGCAAUUCACAAAUCAAGGGUUAUGACAGUGCAUGGAUCCGAUGACGCAGUUGUGCCAGCCGAAGAUGGGCGUUCUUUCGCGCAGAGCAUUCAAUGCAGCCACAAGUUGGUCAUCUUGGAGGGUGCAAGUCAUCGCUACACUGAACACACAUCAGAGCUGUCAUCAGCAGUCGUGGACUUCCUGGCCUCAGAUCAAGAAUGAAUCUCCGUGCUUCGUUGCACACCAUAGUUGCGGCGCACCUCGGUGCUAUCAUCAUCAAAAGGAGUGUCUUAUGUUCACUUCUUCUGGUGAAAUAUCCAUCCUCUGCUGGGUAUCUAUUCUCACUUCACUGCUCUUCUGUCCUAUUUGUCACAUGUGACACACAUGUGACACUGCUAGCUUGUCCAGCUUGUCCCGAGUUUCCAGUGACAGACUGCUCGCGGGCAAAGUGCAGCUGCAUGGUGAAGGAGAACAGGUACGUGGAGCUCAGACAUUGUGAAGGAGUACAUGCUGCUAACACGUACCGAAGGUGCCUUGCUGCUAUGCGAGAUAGAUUCUGGUGACAGACUGCUCGCGGGCAAAGUGCAGCUGCAUGGUGAAGGAGAACAUACAGGUAUGUGGAGCUCAGUCAUGGUGAAGGAGUACAUGCCAGUAACACCUACCUACCUGAGGUGCCUGUCUGCUAUGCGAGAGAUCAGGAGUUCAAUUCCCUCCCUGCAGUUCCAGUGACGGAUUGCUCGCCGGCAAAGUCCAUCGGCAUGGUGAAGGAGAACAGGUACGUAGAACUCACAGACAUGGUGAAGGAGAACGUGCCGCUAACACCUACCUACCUAAGGUGCCUGGCUGCUACAGGAGAGAUCGCCAGUUCAGUUCCCUCCCUGCAGUUCCAGUGACAGACAGCUCGCAGGCAAAGUGCAGCGGCAUGGCGAAGAAGACCACGUUAGGUAGGUGUUAGCGGCAUGGCGAAGGAGAACACGUUAGGUAGGUGUUAGUGGCAUGGCGAAGGAGAACAGGUACAUGGAGCUCAGAUGUGAUGCAGUUUGAUUUCAGUUUUAGAUGGAGUAACAUCCCCUUUACUGAUAAGGGUGGUCUUGGAUCUGUCUGCGGCACUGCAGGGAGGGAAUUGAACUGGCAAUCUCUCGCGUAGCAGCCAUGCACCCUUUUUUCUUUUAAUUUGUGGCAUGCAACUUUCAAGUUCGGAUGUCCGUCUUUGCAGAAUUUCAAGCCCUGCAUCGUGCCAAUGUCAUAACCUUCGCACUAUUCAGAAUGUGUGAGGUGCAACUUUCAUGUUCAGGGACGACGGCGUCACCUUUGCGUUUUACAAGUAGACGAAUUUUGGCAAGGUAAGUUCAGCAAAGGUAUGCGAAAGGCCAUCACGGAUGGCGCUAUGCGAGUGGUCAUCAUGGAUGGCGCUGUGCGAAUGGUCAUCGUGAAGCUUGCUAUGUGAAUCAUCAUAGGCUUUUAGCAAAGUCACGCGGGAUAUGUGCACGGGGUGGGUGGAUCAAGGUGUUGCCCGAUCAUGCCGCGACGUCUGUUCACAUAGUGUCCUCCUACCCAGGGAAACUGUUUUUUUUUUGUUGUCCCUUUUUUGGGAGCUAAGCGAAAACUUGAGA